GUAAGAACUGGGAGGGACACCUGAGACAAUUAGCUUUAACUCAGGAAAAGCCAGGAGCUCAGGAAGUAAUUUGUGAGUAUCCUGGACUUGGGAGGCCUUUGAGCGCCAGCUCUGACCUUCCAGUAUCUCGGAGGAUUCCUGCAACAAAUGGUUUUCAUCUACAUGACUCAGAGGUUAGACGUUUGGAUUGUGACCCAGCUUUACACAGUUCUCCGAGAAGUUGUAUCGCUCCAAGAACUGGUGACAGUGUUGCCUGUGAGAAAGCCUUCUGCCAUUCCAUGGAAGUGAUUCAACAACUGGGAAGAAAUCAAGUGAGAGAGAAGCUCUAUAAAUACCCUGAAAGUGUUGAGUCUUUCAACCAUUUUACCCCUCUUGGUGAACAAAAGCUAACAAAAAGAGGGAAGAAACUGUAUGAAGGCAAGGACUUUGGGGACAUCUUUACCUUGACUUCAUCUCUUAAUGAAAGCAGGAGAAGUCACCCUGGGGAGAAGCUGUAUAAAUGUGCAGAAUGUGGCAAGUGCUUCAAACGGAACUCUUCUCUCAUUUUGCAUCACCGAACUCACACUGGAGAGAAACCUUAUACAUGUAAUGAGUGUGGAAAAUCCUUCUCCAAGAACUAUAACUUGAUUGUGCAUCAAAGAAUCCACACAGGAGAGAAGCCCUACAAAUGCAAUAAGUGUGGUAAAGCCUUCAGUGAUGGGUCAGCUCUGACACAACACCAGAGAAUUCACACCGGGGAGAAACCUUAUGAAUGCCUAGAAUGUGGAAAAACCUUCAACCGAAACUCAUCCCUGAUUUUGCAUCAAAGAACUCAUACGGGGGAAAAACCAUACCGAUGUAACGAGUGUGGGAAGCCUUUCACAGACAUCUCCCACCUCACCGUACAUCUCAGAAUCCACACUGGGGAGAAGCCCUAUGAAUGUAGCAAGUGUGGAAAGGCUUUCCGGGAUGGCUCGUACCUCACCCAGCACGAGAGGACUCACACCGGAGAGAAGCCCUUUGAAUGUGUGGAGUGUGGAAAAUCCUUCAACCGUAACUCUCACCUCAUCGUGCAUCAGAAAAUCCAUUCUGGGGAGAAGCCCUAUGAGUGUAAAGAGUGUGGGAAGACGUUCAUCGAGAGUGCUUACCUCAUCAGGCACCAGAGAAUUCACACUGGUGAGAAGCCUUAUGGCUGUGACCAGUGUCAGAAACUUUUCAGGAACAUCGCUGGACUCAUCCGGCACCAGAGGACUCAUACUGGUGAGAAGCCCUACGAGUGUAGUCGGUGUGGCAAAGCCUUUAGGGACAGCUCCUGCCUGACCAAGCACCAGAGAAUUCACACCAAGGAGACCCCAUACCAGUGUCCAGAGUGUGGGAAGUCUUUCAAACAGAACUCUCACCUUGCAGUACAUCAGAGACUCCACAGCAGGGAGGGUCCCAGCCAGUGUCCUCAGUGUGGGAAAAUGUUCAGAAGGAGCUCAGCCCUGGUCCGGCAUCAGAGGACACACCCUGGAGAGAAACCCAUGGAAGCAUAAUGGAUAUGGGCACACUCGUUUCCUGAGUGCCCUCGAAAACCUGUGUGAGGGAGGGUGUCUUCAAGGGUGAUUCCUCCCAGACACUUCGAUCCUGAACCAUAAUUAUAAAGAUUUUGUUGCCAUAUUGAAAUGUUACAAUGGGGCAGGCAACAACAAAACAAGUAGAAGAUUUGCCUUGUGAAGAUGUGUUUACAUAUGGAUGUUGUUCGUGGAGAAAUAAAUGUGGUUUUCUUAGGGAA